UUUUUUUCUUAUAAAAAGUUAAAGUAAACGUAUGUUAUCUGGAAAUAAACAGAUAAUGAAUGUGUCUGUACAUUUAAUAAACCCAUUAUGCAUUGACAUAGUUAUCCACAACAGGCUUACAUUCCAAACCUUGUGUUUUUGAGUCCAGAUUCUCUUUUGUUUAUUCAGUUUGCACCAUUCUCAGAACCAAUAAUAUGCCUUCCAGUAAAUAUGACAGUGCCUUUGUCAAGCAUAUGAGCGCGUGUGUAUGUGUGUGUGCUGAUAUCUGAUACCUGAACAGACUGGAGCAUGUCCACCGACUGUGUGAGGUCACUCUCAGACAAAGCCGAACACACACUCACCAUGCACGAACACCUCUAUGAAAUGGACAACCAGAAACAUGUCGCCGAGGAACAUCAGCAGGGUAAACUGGGACAGAAAAAACCACGGAGAAAAGACACUCCGGUCCUCAACAGCCCUCCGCUUUUACCAGGCGUGAGAUUGAUGAAGACUGAAGCUCGAAUGAUUCAUCAGGAGGAUGAGGAGAAGGAGAUGAAGAAGUAGAUUUGUUUGAUUGUUAGUAUUUGUUGUUAUUUUCCGAGCCUUCAUUAAAUGUAGGUUUUGCAGAUCU